AUAUUCUCUCCAAGUUAAGCUAUUAAAAAUCUCCUAAUUUAGCUACUAGCUUAUUUAGGAGAAAUAGUCUAAUUUGCAGUUGUCCCUAACUGAGUAAUGGUGUCAUUUUCUGUCAAUGUCAUUUCUAUUUCAUCAUAUAUUUUUAAGGAAAUGUAUAUAAUAAUAGCUAGCUAACGAAUAAUUGCAUCCUGAUGUCUCCACUUGAUUAUAUUCGUACACCAAAGGUAGAUAAUGUGAAACUUGUUGAUUCUGCAACAGAUGCCAAGGGUGUUACUGGCACACUACACCUAACUGCAACACAUGUUAUUUUUAUUGAUCCUCAUGGAGCUAAGGAAACCUGGAUACUACACAGUCACAUUGCAGAAGCUGAGAGACUGCCAAUUACUGCUCGAGGCUCAUCAAUUAAAAUCAAAACCAAAACCUUUCGAGAUGUCACAUUUAUAAUCACAAGAGAAAGAGAGUGUGCUGAUGUUUUUGAUACUAUUAUUCAACUUUCAAAUCCUGUGAAAAUCGAAGACUUGUUUGCCUUUCAUUACCAUGCGCCAGAAGAAUUAACCAAAAUUGCGGGAUGGUCCCUUUAUGAUGCACAAACUGAAUUUCGUCGCAUGGAAGUGCCGCAACAUUUAUGGAUGCUCACCAAAUUGAAUAAUGAAUAUAAAUUGUGUGGAACUUAUCCACGUGAUCUGUACUUACCAACAUCCGUUUCAAAUGACGUCAUAACCAAAAGCGCACAGUUUCGAAGUAAAGGUCGCCUGCCUGCUUUAUCAUAUUAUUGCAAGGCUACUGAGACAGCCAUUUGCAGAUGUGCUCAACCAAUGGCUGGAUUGAACAACAGAUGUACCGAAGAUGAACAGUUACUGCAAGCUAUUAUUACCUCCACACCUGGCUCUUCACGAAUGUAUAUUGUGGACACUAGACCAAAGAUAAACGCAAUGGCGAAUAGAGCUGCAGGUAAAGGAUACGAAAAUGUAGCAAACUAUGAAAACGUUGACUUCCAUUUUAUCGGCAUUGAGAAUAUUCAUGUGAUGCGGCAAAGUUUACAAAAAAUGAUUGAAGUUUUUGACGUGCCUACAAAGGAAUUGACAAUGUCAACAUAUUUACGCGGUCUGGAAGACUCAGGAUGGUUAAAGCAUAUAAAAGCUGUUAUGGACACGUCUUUAUUUAUUGCAAAGGCUGUAUAUUUCGAAAAACGUAGUGUUCUUGUUCACUGUUCUGACGGAUGGGAUCGCACUGCGCAAACAUGCUCCCUUUCAGAAAUACUCUUAGAUGCAUACUAUCGUACAAUUCAUGGAUUCCAAGUCCUGGUAGAAAAAGAAUGGUUAGCAUUUGGUCAUAAAUUUGUACACAGGUGCGGACUUUUAUCUGGCGAUCCAAAGGAGAUAUCCCCUAUAUUUACUCAGUUCUUAGAAUCAGUGUGGCAACUAAUGAACCAAUACCCUGCCGCUUUUCAGUUUAAUGAACGAUUUCUUCUUGAGAUCCAUGAGCACGUGUAUUCAUCACAAUUUGGUACGUUUUUGGGAAACUGUGAAAAAGAGAGAAAACAAAAGCAAUUAUCCCAAAAAACGUACUCUUUGUGGGGCUAUAUGUGGCAUAAUUUACCAGACUAUGUUAAUCCAUUCUACAAAGAUGGAGAGCACGGAGUCUUACAACCCUCCACCUCUCCACAGCAAUUAAGGUUUUGGAGGAGUUUAUACAACAGGUAUAUUAACAAUGUCCAUCCAAGACAGUCCGUCCCAGAUUAUGUUUGUUCAUUAAAUGACCACAAUGAUUCGUUGAGAGACCAUAUCAGAUAUCUUGAAAAGCGGAUAGACCCAUUACAUCAAUUAAAAGAUAAUAACAGAACAAAUUCAGAUACCAAUUUACUGGGUGUACAUAAUAACAGCGGGACGGAUUGGCUGUCUAAGUCCUCCGUAUCUACCCAUACCCCUAAAAAUACAAACAUAGAAGAUAGCGAUUUGCCGGGCGAUAGUCAUUCGUCUAAAAACCUUGUUUUAAAUGAACGAUAUAUAUUAGAAACGGCUGAGAAAGAUGGAAUUGAAAAAUAUUACGUAAAUAUUCGCAAAGUAGAGUCCGUACCAGACUUGACCAAAGAUAUACCCAUCUUUGCAUUAAAUUGGAGUUCAGUUCGUGACGUAUCGCAAUGUUCGUGUGGAAAACCCAUUGAUUCGCUCAGCAGAAAGUAUCAUUGUUGGAAUUGUGGAAAAGUGUUUUGUGCAAGAUGCGUGGACAAAUCAUCGCAAAUUCCGGGACAUUAUUCUGGUAACAAAGUACCUGUUUGUAAACCGUGUUAUAAAAUUUUACGUAGAUAGUGGAAUUUAGAAUAGUGCUGCGGAGAAUGUCUUUUUUUAAUUUUUGAAAAAAUUACUUUACAAUGCACAAAAAAAGAUGUACGCAUAGUUGUUUUUGCGAUAUUGUUUUUUAACAUUUUUCGUGUCAUUUUUGCUUUUUUUUUAAUUUAAGAUUGUUUGUAUUUUUAUGUACACUGAAAAAUUAAAAACGUUUAAAAAAGAUUUUAUGUUGUAA